UCUGUUUCAUAAUAACAGGAACGCAGAAAAAACAUGACGAAAUACACAAAAAUAAAUUCAACAAACUACAAGAAGAACUGACUAAGGAACUCAACAUAAAGCACAACGAUAAUUGGUUUGUCAACAAAACGAACAAAACUUUCCCAGAUGACAUAAAAUGGUUACUCUCCUUAGGAGACAAACACUGCUUACCAACAAGAAGAACACAUUUCCCUUUAUUCAAAUAUAUUGCGGACGCGGAAGAUCUCAUACAAACAAACAAUGACAAAGAACAACAAGAAAUGGGAAGAACAAAAUUAACAAAUAUGCUGGAAACACAUAUGAAUAGAAGCAGAGAGAGCAAUAGAGACAAAUACAUGAUAGGCACAGUGGAAAGAACCCGAAAAUUUCUUAACCAAAAUAAAGACAUAAUAAUACUAAAUGCAGACAAAGGAAACGUGACUGUAGCCAUGAACAAAAAUGAUUACAAAGAAAGAAUGUCCAAUCUGCUCUCAGACAUGAUGACGUAUCAACGUAUCAAUAAGGACCCUACGUCAAACCUUCAAAAGAAAAAUAAUGAUAUCGUUGAAGAACUUUUCAAAAAUAAUAUAAUUUCGACAAUAGAGAAGAAAAGACUCAAAACAGAAAUUGCGAUUGCCCCAAGAAUAUAUGGCUUGCCAAAGAUCCACAAAGACGGCUAUCCAUUAAGACCCAUAUGUUCGUCUAUAAAUUCCCCGUCAAUAAAACUGUGCAAAUACAUAGUAAACAUACUAAAUAAUUUGACGACAAAAUCAGUUUACAACGUAAGGGAUUCUGUGCAAUUUAGGGAUAAGAUAAAGAACCUGACAGUUAAUAAUAAUGAAAAAAUGGUUUCAUUCGACGUGGUCUCACUGUUCCCAAGUAUUCCAGUAGAAUUAGGACUAAAUAUAAUUGAAGAAAGAUGGGAAGAAAUAGAACAAUAUACAAACAUAACCAAAGACAUGUUUCUGAAUAUUGUAAAAUUUUGCAUAAAGGACAACAGAUACUUCAAGUUUGAUGACAAAAUAUACAAACAAAAAGCAGGGCUACCGAUGGGAUCUCCAGCAUCACCCAUAAUUGCAGAUUUGGUUAUGGAAUCACUGCUCAACGAAAGCUUGCAAAGAUUACAAUCAAAACCAAAGAUACUGACGAAAUACGUGGAUGAUUUGUUUUUAAUUAUAAGGGAAGAUGCAAUACAAGAAACGCUGACAGUACUAAAUAGUUUCAACAAAAACAUUAAAUUUACUUUGGAAGAAGAAUGCGACGGAAAAAUCCCAUAUUUGGACACAUUAGUAAUAAGAAAUGCAGAUAAUACGAUAAAUAUAAAUUGGUAUCAAAAACCUACAGCGUCAGGUAGAAUAAUAAAUUACUACUCUAAACACACAAAACGAACAAUUAUCAAUACAGCGAAAAACUUAAUAAAUAGAGUACUAACAAUAAGCGACGAACAAUUUCAUUUCCAAAACAAAUUAAAAAUAAAAGACAUUCUAAUUAAUAAUAACUUCCCAUUACAUAUAACCAAAUCCCUAAUUGAAAAUUAUUAUAAGAAUAAACAUUCAAGUCGAGAUUCGCAGAAAACAGACCCGCCGAAGAUAUACAAAUCCCUGAUAUAUUUACCGAAUAUAUCAGAAAGAUUGGAAAAGUCAGAAAUAUAUGACAAAAAUAAAUACACAAUAGCACAUAGCUCACAUAACACAACAAAAUCUUUAUUCACAAACAUGAAAAGUAAAAUACCAAAAAUGGACAAACAUAAUGUAGUUUACAAAAUUGAAUGUGGUGGUAACAAGGAAGAAAGUUGCGGAAAACACUACGUUGGCACAACAAAAAACAAACUAAAAACUAGGAUGUCAGCACACAAAUCAGACAUCAAAUUAAGAAACAAUAAUUCGAUACAAAAAACAGCGUUAGCCGAACACUGUAAACAGUACAACCAUACACCCAAGAUCGAUGACGUGAGAGUGUUACAAACGGAACAUCACUACAACAAGAGACUAACGAUAGAGAUGCUUCACAUCAAUAGUUUAUCAACAACAAAGAGAAUAAACAGCAAAGCAGACACGGACAACACAGCUUACUGCUACAGGCAUUUAACAAAAAGAGAUCGUGCAAUAUGCAAAUAAUUAUCAGUGCAAUAGUAACACUUGACGGUAGUAGUCACACUACGCUAGUUUUAAGUUUAUUAUUUUAAUUAUUUGCAAGUAAGCGUUUUUUUACAUGUUUAUGUCCUGUGCUGUGAUAAUGUUAAUAUGUUGUAUGUUUUGUUAUUUAAUUUGUAGAUCACCCUGAAGAUGAAACUCAAAGAGCUUCGAAAUAUUGGAAAAAGAAAAAUAAAUAAUUAAAAAACCAAAAAGUUUGACCUCAAGCUCAAAUAAUUGUUUUUAUUAACUAUCGAAAAAGGUCGAAAAACCAGAGAAAAUGUUUAUAACAAACGGAGAGCCCGCCGAAAUCAAAAACAAAAUGAUCUACAAACAACUAAAAACUGACAACAAAGUACGAUACAACAUAAACAAACACAAGAAUGUAAAAGUUAGGGUAACAAAAAUUAAAUCGUCCAUAACCUUUCUCAUUCGUUGCCGCAAUAUGGGAAUUAUCCCCAAGUUCAUCAAAAACUCCAUCAAAAAUGUACAUAGAAUUUUUAUCGCAAGUUACCACAAUCACCACAUUCAAUCUACAUUAAAAUCAUACAUAGAAAAUUUUGAAGGUAAAAUAUUAAACUUAGUUAUAAAACAAAAACACGAAGAAUUGAAAUACAAUAACAAAAUUUUAAGUGACAUAGAAAACAAGUUAAACGAUAAUCUUUCACACGAAGAAAGACAACAAUUUCAGUUUAACGAAAAUAUCAUAAUAACAGGAACGCAGAAAAAACAUGACGAAAUACACAAAAAUAAAUUCAACAAACUACAAGAAGAACUGACUAAGGAACUCAACAUAAAGCACAACGAUAAUUGGUUUGUCAACAAAACGAACAAAACUUUCCCAGAUGACAUAAAAUGGUUACUCUCCUUAGGAGACAAACACUGCUUACCAACAAGAAGAACACAUUUCCCUUUAUUCAAAUAUAUUGCGGACGCGGAAGAUCUCAUACAAACAAACAAUGACAAAGAACAACAAGAAAUGGGAAGAACAAAAUUAACAAAUAUGCUGGAAACACAUAUGAAUAGAAGCAGAGAGAGCAAUAGAGACAAAUACAUGAUAGGCACAGUGGAAAGAACCCGAAAAUUUCUUAACCAAAAUAAAGACAUAAUAAUACUAAAUGCAGACAAAGGAAACGUGACUGUAGCCAUGAACAAAAAUGAUUACAAAGAAAGAAUGUCCAAUCUGCUCUCAGACAUGAUGACGUAUCAACGUAUCAAUAAGGACCCUACGUCAAACCUUCAAAAGAAAAAUAAUGAUAUCGUUGAAGAACUUUUCAAAAAUAAUAUAAUUUCGACAAUAGAGAAGAAAAGACUCAAAACAGAAAUUGCGAUUGCCCCAAGAAUAUAUGGCUUGCCAAAGAUCCACAAAGACGGCUAUCCAUUAAGACCCAUAUGUUCGUCUAUAAAUUCCCCGUCAAUAAAACUGUGCAAAUACAUAGUAAACAUACUAAAUAAUUUGACGACAAAAUCAGUUUACAACGUAAGGGAUUCUGUGCAAUUUAGGGAUAAGAUAAAGAACCUGACAGUUAAUAAUAAUGAAAAAAUGGUUUCAUUCGACGUGGUCUCACUGUUCCCAAGUAUUCCAGUAGAAUUAGGACUAAAUAUAAUUGAAGAAAGAUGGGAAGAAAUAGAACAAUAUACAAACAUAACCAAAGACAUGUUUCUGAAUAUUGUAAAAUUUUGCAUAAAGGACAACAGAUACUUCAAGUUUGAUGACAAAAUAUACAAACAAAAAGCAGGGCUACCGAUGGGAUCUCCAGCAUCACCCAUAAUUGCAGAUUUGGUUAUGGAAUCACUGCUCAACGAAAGCUUGCAAAGAUUACAAUCAAAACCAAAGAUACUGACGAAAUACGUGGAUGAUUUGUUUUUAAUUAUAAGGGAAGAUGCAAUACAAGAAACGCUGACAGUACUAAAUAGUUUCAACAAAAACAUUAAAUUUACUUUGGAAGAAGAAUGCGACGGAAAAAUCCCAUAUUUGGACACAUUAGUAAUAAGAAAUGCAGAUAAUACGAUAAAUAUAAAUUGGUAUCAAAAACCUACAGCGUCAGGUAGAAUAAUAAAUUACUACUCUAAACACACAAAACGAACAAUUAUCAAUACAGCGAAAAACUUAAUAAAUAGAGUACUAACAAUAAGCGACGAACAAUUUCAUUUCCAAAACAAAUUAAAAAUAAAAGACAUUCUAAUUAAUAAUAACUUCCCAUUACAUAUAACCAAAUCCCUAAUUGAAAAUUAUUAUAAGAAUAAACAUUCAAGUCGAGAUUCGCAGAAAACAGACCCGCCGAAGAUAUACAAAUCCCUGAUAUAUUUACCGAAUAUAUCAGAAAGAUUGGAAAAGUCAGAAAUAUAUGACAAAAAUAAAUACACAAUAGCACAUAGCUCACAUAACACAACAAAAUCUUUAUUCACAAACAUGAAAAGUAAAAUACCAAAAAUGGACAAACAUAAUGUAGUUUACAAAAUUGAAUGUGGUGGUAACAAGGAAGAAAGUUGCGGAAAACACUACGUUGGCACAACAAAAAACAAACUAAAAACUAGGAUGUCAGCACACAAAUCAGACAUCAAAUUAAGAAACAAUAAUUCGAUACAAAAAACAGCGUUAGCCGAACACUGUAAACAGUACAACCAUACACCCAAGAUCGAUGACGUGAGAGUGUUACAAACGGAACAUCACUACAACAAGAGACUAACGAUAGAGAUGCUUCACAUCAAUAGUUUAUCAACAACAAAGAGAAUAAACAGCAAAGCAGACACGGACAACACAGCUUACUGCUACAGGCAUUUAACAAAAAGAGAUCGUGCAAUAUGCAAAUAAUUAUCAGUGCAAUAGUAACACUUGACGGUAGUAGUCACACUACGCUAGUUUUAAGUUUAUUAUUUUAAUUAUUUGCAAAUCACCCUGAAGAUGAAACUCAAAGAGCUUCGAAAUAUUGGAAAAAGAAAAAUAAAUAAUUAAAAAACCAAAAAGUUUGACCUCAAGCUCAAAUAAUUGUUUUUA